ACAAUUUCGAUUAAAUCGAUUUAUUACGAUAUUUAACUGAUAAGUCAAAAGUUAAACCCCUUACCACGCAAAAUAAAUUAUCUUGUUGUGAGGUAUAAUAUUUAAUUAUUUUCUUUGCAGUAUAUCGCUUAGGUUCAACGAGUAACCAUGAGGAAUUUGGGUGCAGUAGCAGCUAUUGCCUUAAUUUUUUUGCUGAACCCGAGGGGUAGCGAUGGUACGUGUACCUUUUCGCACAGCGAUGGCGAGUAUUUAAUAGAAAUCUUUGACGUGAGUGUAACUAACGAAAAUGAUGUGAUUCCGUUCGACUGUGAACAUGUUACCGGCUAUACGGAUGCCAAUGUGACUUUCAUUUUCGUGUGGAGAUCCAAUUUACGAUACCUUCAAAGUGCAAUUCUGGAUAAAUUUGUCAACGUGCGAACGAUGUACAUUUUGGAUUCGCAGCUUACAACGAUUUUGGAUCAGGCAUUCAAUUCGUGCAAUGAACUAACAGAUCUAUACAUUGACCGAAAUCAGAUCACAACGAUUCCGACGAACGCUUUUCAAAUGUGCUCAAAACUUCGCUCAUUGGAAUUAACUGGCAAUGAAAUUCAAUCGAUCGAAGAGAAUAUGUUCGAGGGAGCCGGAAAUGUGGAAGAGUUAAACCUGUCUGGUAACAGAAUUUCGACUGUCACAGCGACUACAUUCAGACUGAUAUCAUCAUUGAAACGGUUAAAUUUAGACGGAAACGGAAUCAUCCACAUUGAUUCAAAUGCAUUUGCACCGCUUAACGGGCUGGAGACGCUUUCUAUUAGCAACAAUUUGCUAACUAAUUUAGACAGCAGCUGGCUACAAACAAAAACCAAUUUAACUUCACUGAAUUUGGCAUCAAAUCCAUUUACAUCAGUCGAUUUCGACGUCUUAUCAAAUUUAACUCUUCUAAAAUCCUUGGAUCUUAGCGGCUUGAAUUCGAUAUCGCUUCCUAGUGAAGCAUUCCAUGGGAUGGUAGGACUGGAAGUCUUGCGUUUAAAUGAGAUGGGUUUAAAUGUUGUCGACCGAAACUUGUUCACUAACAAUGUCCACCUGACCACUCUAUCUUUGACUUCAAACGACAUUUCCAGCCUAGAUCCAACAACAUUCAGCACACUGACUUCUUUGCGGUCAUUAAAUUUGGCACAAAAUCCUUUAGGAACACUAGACCCGAGUCUACUGACCGGUCUUUCAGCGCUAACAUCUCUCAACUUAAAUGAUUGCGGCAUUACAUCCAUACAACCGAAUACCUUCAGCAACCAACAAAAUUUGACAUCUCUGUCACUAUCCGAUAACGAAAUUCAGGUCAUUGGAAGCGAAAUGUUCAACGGUUUAUUGAGUCUUCGAACGCUAGCGUUAAUAGGCAACAACAUUAUCCGGCUGAAUUCGGCUGAUUUCCAGGCCGUGUCAGAUGUACAAUGGUUACAGCUAUCGUCAAAUCAAAUUGACGAAAUAGAGAGAGACUUUUUUACGCUCUUUCGAAAUUUCAAUGUGUCCGUUCUGCUAUUUGGCAAUAGAUGCACUGGACACUCUUUUACAAUUACGCAGGAUUUUGAUUUUUCAACGCUACCUCUAGAAGACUGUUAUAAUUUUUGGGAUAGCCCUAGACCAACUCCAGCGCCCACUGAGCCACCGACUCAGCCACCAACGACUGAACCACCGACCGACAACAAUGCGGCCGUCACGUUUUUUGUGUCCAUGCCAAUUUUAUUGUUUACAGUUAUGCACGCUUUACUGCAAUGAAAACAGUCGCCUUGAAAUUAUUGUAAAUGUAGAGAUUGUUAAAGAUAUGGCCUAAUCACGUAAAGCACAGUACGUACGUGGCUCCAAAUUUUUAUUUUGACGAGUGAUAAUACCACACUCUCCUUCAGGUCGGGCUAUAACGUAAUUUUGAGCCACGGACGUAAUGUACUAUUAAGUUCAUAAGUUUCCUGUGAAAUGUUUGUCCGUUAAUAAAGCAAAAAUCGGAUUUGACUUCUGGUUGACUUUUUAACAAUGAAA